ACAAUACACACACGAAUAGGUAACGUCGGUGACGGAGCACAACAGCAAAUAACGUUGCCAAAAAAACAUCGUAGUACAACAUUACAUUGACGUACAUGUUGGAAAGAAAAAACAAACCGUAAAAAGCAACACAUUACACAUUGCUUUGCAGCAGCAAUGGGUGAAAAAACCAACUAAAGCAAAGCAAAAACACAAACCUCCCUCCCUCCCUCCACUCUUUGUCUUAUUUCUCUUUCUCCUUUUUUUUGUUUUUGUUUUUGCACUUCGCCGGAGAUAAUGCUGCCGCCGUUGGUUAAUUCUCCGGCUUCCCUCCGGCGCCGGUGAUACCAAUACCAUGCAAGAGACCCUCCUCACUCUCCCUCUCUCCCACCACGAAGACAUCCACAUUCGCGCCAAGAAGAAGAAACCGCAACAGCAUCAUCACAAACCGGGAAGCGACAACAGCCACCCCACUCGCGUAUCGCGGCGCGUGAGCCCGGCGGUGUCUCCGUCCUCCGGCGGCGAGAAGUCCCUCCCGAACGGCGACAUCUACAGCGGCGCCCUGUCGGGGAACGCGCCGCACGGCACCGGCAAGUACCUCUGGUCCGAUGGGUGCAUGUACGAGGGCGAGUGGCGGAAGGGCAAGGCUUGCGGCAAAGGGAGAUUCUCCUGGCCCUCUGGUGCCACCUACGAGGGCGAAUUCAAGUCGGGUCGAAUAGACGGGUUCGGAUCCUUCAUUGGCGUCGACGGCGACAUGUACAGAGGCUCCUGGGUCGCCGACCGAAAGCACGGCUUCGGCGAGAAAAGAUACGGUAACGGUGACGUGUACGAAGGUUGGUGGAGGUGCAACCUGCAAGAGGGUGAAGGGAGGUACACGUGGCGGAACGGGAACGAGUACGUCGGGGAGUGGAGGGGUGGUGUUAUUUCGGGGAAGGGGGUUCUGGUUUGGGCGAAUGGGAACCGUUACGAAGGGUAUUGGGAGAAUGGCGUCCCUGUGGGUAAGGGUGUUUUCACAUGGUGUGACGGGAGCACGUGCGCCGGGAACUGGGGGAAGGAGUUUGUGGAAGAGGCACGUGAGGAGAAGAUGAAGAGGUCUUCGGUGGAUGGCUGUAAGAGUGUGAGUUUUCCCAGGAUUUGCAUUUGGGAGCUCGACGGUGAAGCUGGGGACAUAACUUGUGACAUUGUUCACAAUGCGGAGGCUUCUAUGUUUUACAGGGAUGGUACUUCUACUACUACUACUGGUGAAUCUGAGAAUGGUGGAGAUAAUAAGAGUCUUUGUUGGUCUCUUGAUGGUACUGCCGGUGGGGAUGUUAAGAAGCCUGGUCAAACUGUGUCCAGAGGGCACAAGAAUUAUGAUCUCAUCCUUAAUCUUCAACUGGGUAUUAGGUACACUGUUGUCAAGCAUGCUUCUAUUGUGAGAGAGCUUAGGCCAGGGGAUUUUGAUCCUAAGGAGAAGUUCUGGACGAGGUUCCCACCGGAAGGGUCUAAGUUUACACCCCAGCAUCAUUCAGUGGACUUCAGGUGGAAAGACUAUUGUCCCAUGGUGUUCAGACAUCUAAGGGAAUUAUUUGCCAUAGAUCCUGCGGAUUACAUGCUUGCUAUUUGUGGAAGUGACACACUUAGGGAGAUGUCUUCUCCGGGCAAAAGUGGAAGCAUCUUUUAUCUCACUCAAGACGACCGCUUCAUAAUUAAGACCGUCAAGAAGUCUGAAGUCAAGGUGCUCAUAAGGAUGCUUCCAAGUUACUACCAACAUGUUUGUCAGUACAAGAACUCUUUGGUGACGGCAUUCCUGGGCGUGCAUUGUGUCAAACCUGUUGGAGGUCAAAAGACCCGGUUUAUUGUAAUGGGCAAUGUGUUUUGCUCGGAGUACCGGAUCCACAAGAGGUUUGACCUCAAAGGUUCUUCUCAUGGUCGAACAACGGAUAAGCCAAGGGAGGAGAUUGAUGAGAAUACCACUCUCAAAGACCUUGAUCUUAAUUUUGUCUUUCGCCUCGAACAGUCUUGGUUUCAAGAGCUUAUAUGGCAACUUGAUAGAGACUGCGAGUUCCUGGAGGCAGAGGGUAUCAUGGAUUACAGUCUUCUAAUUGGCCUGCAUUUUCGUGAUGAUUGCUCAGUUGAUGAAAUGAAAAGUUCACCACGCAGUUCACAUUCAGGCAAGAGAGACAUGCUUGAUGAUGAGAUGCUCACAUGCCGGGGACCUCUAAUUCGGUUGGGAAUGAACAUGCCUGCCAGAGCUGAGAGUGUGUGCAAGACUGGAUUGGAUCACCAAACAAUUAGUGGAAGUAUCAAUUCAGAGAGUAAUAGCCAAAUCUCUGAUGUAAUCCUCUACUUUGGAAUCAUUGACAUUCUCCAAGACUAUGAUAUUAGUAAAAAGAUUGAACAUGCAUACAAGUCACUACAAGUGGACUCCGCCUCUAUCUCAGCUGUUGAUCCCAAGCUAUACUCUAAAAGGUUUAGGGAUUUCAUUCACAGAAUCUUUGUAGAGGAUAAAUGACAAAAUGAUAUGCUUGGGUGACCAAAGGAGUAUAGAAUGUGAACCGGGACCAACUCUGGCUUUUGCUAAGGUGAUAUUCCAUGUACCCGGAAAUGCUACAAAUAUGGGUGAUCUAAACACACAUGUAGAUUGGAAAACAUCAUGGUUGUUGUUGAUGGCUAAAUUUUUCUCAUAGCCAUUGCAAAUAUAAUGGUCGAAUUGGGACACGAAUGACAUUUUUUUCACUUUAGUUGGGGGGAGAGGGAUUGUCACACUAGCUUGUACAUGGCAUGUGAUUAGAGUUCUUUUUUAUUUUAUUGCUUUUGUUAUGGAUGUAGACAUUGUGGGGUGUGGAGAGAGAUUCAAAUUGACCCGGGAGGGGAGGUAAUAACUGUACAGACAGACAGUCAAAAGAUUGAUAAUAGAAUUGAAUUGAACAUAAACAUUUUUGGUUGGAGCAAUCAAAAAGAGUUGAGCAAGAAAGAAAAGUUCCAAGAGGGGGGGCCCCUUGUGGCCCUCAACCUCUCUCUUUGUGUCUCUGUGAUGUGCAUUCAAACGGAUUUUUUUAAAACUUUUGCAGCAAUGCAUGAAAAGAAGAGAAAAGCACAAGAAAGGAAAGGGAAGAGGUGGGUGUUUCGUUGGUUCAUGUCCCUUGCAAAAACGAAGUUUGAAAAAGCAGAAUAUAACAAUAAUACACAGUGGUGUAUGGUAAUGGUAAUGUGACCCUUUUACUUAUUUUGAACAAUACCGAGAGGUAGAUGCAAACAAGACGACAAAAGCAAUCACGUCAAUGUGGACCUGUGUGUGGACCAGUUUGGCAUCCGAUAGCUAUCUAUGCAUGUUAUGCCUCGGCAUUUUAAUAAUGAGAAAAAUGAUGGAACUUGACAGAGAAGUCUCUGCUUCACUCAAUACAAGUGACCCCACAAAGACCAAAAAAAUAGUGAUAUUGAUAUCUCAUCACUCAUGUGGUCAAAUCAGAAGGAGGAAGAGAAUAGUGGAUUUUGUGUUGGCAAACAGAUCCUACUGUGAUUUGGCAGUUUUUGAGCGUGACAAUGUCCGACACUAGUGCGAGUGAAACAUCCUUGUAGAAUAGUAGUAAUUAGACUGAAUCUGGCACUGUCUACUUGGUAUCUGUUGUUGGUUUCCAAUUUCUUCUGACAACACUAGAUUUGAUUCACCCACUCACAUUGAUUAUUUAUGAUAGAAUUUGGUUGGUCAAUGAAGUUUCUUUUGUUGCUGUCUUUUCAUAAGGCAGUAUUAUAAUACCAAAUACCAAUAUUGGAUGAUUAUCAA